UAGGUGGUUGAGGGUGAGUUUUGCUGUUAGAUACAAUUCCUUUCCCUCAACCGCCUGGGCAGAGUCCAUUGUCAACAUGUUCCGACUAUUUGUCAUCGCUUGUGUUUUCAUAUUCGUUAAUGGAGAACCGUCUACAAACGUGAAUAGAUGUAAUCAAAAUUUAGGUGAAUUACCCCUGCAUAUAUAUAUACAGGACUGCAUUGACCCACCCUGCCGAGUGGUGACGGAUGAGGAUGUGGUGGUCAACGUUAUCUUUAAAGUCCCUCGUACAACUCGCAGCAUGACUACGAAAGCAAUAGCCUUAUCAUUGUUAGAGUAUGAUCUUAAGGAGUAUGCAAUAACAUGCAAUUUUCUUCGGAACGCAUAUUGCCCAGUUUUCGAAGAUGAAGUAGUUGAAUAUACACUGCGUAUGCACGUAGAGUCGUGGUUUCCACCUGCCCCAUCUAUCCCCAUAGAGUUUCGAGUUGUAGACGAAAAAGACGACCCUAUUUGGUGUAUCAGCACUACGAUAGAAGUGAUAAGACCAUCAAAAACAUAAACAAUGAGACAUUGAUAAAAUAAAAACUUUUGAAUGAAA